CUAUUUUUUCCAACGUCCUAUCCCGAAUCACUGUUUAUAAGUGUGUUUUUUGUCAGCCGCCGAAGUUAUUGUUGUUUCACGGGAUCUAAAAGAGAGCAGCUAGCUAGCUAUGUCUACUUCUGCAGUGACUGAAGAUGCUGAGGAUGAUGACGUUGAGUUUGUAUCAGAGGGUCUUCUCAGACCAGUUCUGGAAUGCAUAAACCUCGUGAGUGAUGGGGAGGAAGAUGCAGGUGUUUGUACGGUUGAGGAUCAAGUUGACAGACAAAAGGCCCAGGUAGUUUCCACGUUGGACAGACUGGCUCGUCAGGUCGCAGUUGAGAAACAAGAGAGGGCAGAAAAGUGCAAAGCCUUUAAGGAAAAGAUGAUUUCAUUGCAAGCUCACGGUCGUCAAGAGUUGGCAGUCAGGCGUUGCAGCAAUGUGGACAGUAAUGAUGCCAAACGCUGUGUGGACAUCUGGCUGAAAAUGCCAGGAUUAAAACCUGGCAUCAUCACCACAGACACAGGCUGGAGGUGCAGAUCUGUCCCCAAUCCCUCAUUCAGAAUUUGUCCUCAAACCUGCCCUGUGAUUAACUGUUGCCGAGUCUAUGACAAUGUCCCUCUCCUCGAGGGCCACCUUAAAAGAUUUGACCACUCACCAUGUGACCCCACCAUCACCCUUAAGGGCAGCCCUGCUUGUGUUUAUGCCUGUGUGGCCUGUGGCAAGCACUUUGACACCAAAGAGGCCUGGAGGAUACACCUAGAUGCAAAGUUGUCUUCCGCCGAUGCUAGUGGUCACGUCAGCUCUCAGACCUGCCAGCUGAUUGUGUGCUUUGCAUGCCCUGCCUGCUACCUGCUCUUCAACAUUAGAGAUGAGUGUCUUCAGCACAUGGCAGCCAAAAACCACUUUACUCAGUUCAUCUCUCUAGGCGAGGUGAAAUCAUCAACGGUGCCAAUUCCAAUUCCACGAUAUGCAAAGAAUCGGCUAAUUACUUUAUGUAAAGAUGUUGUAUUCAGUGUAAAAUGCACAGCUUGCUCAAUGGUGCUUACUUCACACAUGGAAGCAAAGGCCCACUUCAAUGUGCACUGCAGACAGGGUUGUGCCAUUGCUGAAGCUAACCAGAGCAUAGCUCAGGUUAUGAAGCAGCUGACGGUCUUGGGCCACUGCACCUCCUGCACCAAAAUCUUCCUCUGCCAAAGGUCAAUGGAGGAGCACAGAGAGCAGAUGCAGCAUGUGGUAGAGGCGGUCAACAGUGUCGAGCAAGCACUUCUGUAUUACAGCAGCUCCUACGAAAGCCGACACGGCCUCCAGGGUCAGCCCUCCAAAUGUGCCAGAGCAACUGAAGCCUCACCCCAUAGAGAAAGAAGAGAGAAAAGUGAAUGUCUCUGGUCACAGACCAAGCGACAGAGGCUCUCCAGCUCAGCUUCUUGGGUUGACGGCAGGGCUUUGAACCUAGCCUGGUUCUGCGAAUGUGGCCUGCGGUACAUGGAGGAGGAGGAGGCCAGCAAGCACCUUCUCUCGGCUAACCAGAUCUUUCACAAGUGUGCCAUCUGCGGCAAGCUGAUGGGAGAGUCGUCCAUCGCCCGUUUGCACAUGAGCAGGUUUCACGGUGGCGCUCACCUGUCCAACUUCCUCUUCCAUUGCCGCCUGUGCAAAGUCGAGAUGCCCCGCAUGGAAGACAUUGUGUCUCACAUUGGCGUGACCCAUCGCGGCCACACUUACUAUCAAGAAAGAGAGGACACCACAGAAAAGACCUCGUCAUGUCCUUCCCCGAACCCUUGCUCCAGUGCUGCAGAUAACAGGCCAGCCCCCACCUGUCCUGCUCCUCCUCCUGGACGCAAGCAGCGGUGGCUGUGCAGGAUGUGCGAGGACCUGUUUGAGUCUAAGGCGGCGGUGCACGAGCACUGCAGCAAUGUGAGCAGUCAUAGCUUUCAGAGGUUCGCCUGCGGCCACUGCCCACAAAAGUUCUUCAAGGAGUCCACCCUUCGGCGGCACUGCACCAAUGAGCACGGUGGCCACCUGCUCCUCCGCUUCUUCUGCGGCCUGUGCGACAGCAUGCUCUACGACUCUGAGCAUGAGUUCCAGGAACACUACAGCAGCCUGCACAGCAGGGAUUACUACCGCUUGGAGCAGGUCGAGAAUGGUACUUCCUCAGCCCUGAAGAGCUUGGUAGAGGCCCCAACAACGAGCGGGAGCCUCCCACAGCUCUGCCCCUGCAUGGGCUCCCAAAGAGCUGACGAGGAGCAGAAGUCCUUGUUCACGAGGUGCAUGAAACAACUGGCAGGCAAAGGCAAGUGCGAGUACAUCUGUCGCAGAUGCACAGUGGCAGUCGGCUCUUAUUCGCAGAUAAAAACACACAUGUACCUGAAGCAUGGGGCCCAGGGGAAGGACAAGAGUUUUGAUGUCAUCUGUGCAUUAUGCUCCGAGAGACAGAGGGAUGUGCCCAGUUUCCAUUCCCACUACCAUGCCCACCACUGCUUAUUAGAGCCCUGUGUGUCUUCUAGAAGCAGUGGUCUCAGCAAGGAUGCCCCCAGUGGCAUGAUUCUGAACGCAGAGGAAAUCUCAGCAGGCAGGAAUGCUGAGGAGUUUCAGGAUGUAAAGAGUAUCAUUUCUUCAAGCACUGAUGUUACUAUAGAAAACCCUAAGGGCUCUAAAGGUACCCAUGAUGAUGCUGAUGAGGAGAUGAAACUGGCUUUGGCUUUAAGCGCAGAGGAGGCAAAGAAGCCAACACAGUUUGAUCCAGAAAUGGAAGAAGCUUUGAAAAGAAGUCUGGAGGAAUUUUGAUCGGAAGAGGAUGACAAUAUUAAAAAAAGGAUGUUUUGGCAGUCAUUUCAUGUAAGAGUUUAAAUGUAUUUGUUUUGGUGAGUGUAUUCUGAACAUUAAAUAAAGAGAGCUAACUAAC